AGGCAGGAGCAAGGAUUUCUCGAUGCACCAGUCUCAAGUCUGAAGCCAGGGACCGUUUCGAAAAAGAAACGGCUCAAACGUACUUCAUAUCUGAUCGUCUCUCCUGUCUAAUAAUUGGCAUUCGAAACCAUGAACGGCGUUAACGGGAUGAACGGACACACAAACGGAGAGCUGAACGGCGUCGGCCGCGGCACAUGGACAAUAGGCCUCAUCAACGUGCAGUACAGGUACCUAACUGCGGAAACGUUCGGCUUUAAGAUCAACGCCAACGGCUCCUCGCUGAAGAAGAAGCAGAUGUGGACCCUGGAACCGGCACCGGGCGAGACGAACACCGUGUACCUCAGGUCCCACCUGGAUAAAUAUUUGGCGGUGGACAGCUUCGGCAACGUGACCUGCGAGAGCGAGGAGAAGGACCCGGGUUCCAAGUUCCAGAUCGUCAUCAGCGAAGACGCCAGCGGAAGGUGGGCCUUGAAGAACACCGCGAGAGGUUAUUAUUUGGGCGCAUCAUCCGACAAGCUGACCUGCACUGCCAAAGUGCCUUCCAAUCCUGAAUACUGGCUUGUUCACCUCGCUGCUAGACCUCAGGUGAACUUGCGCUCCGUCGGCAGGAAGAGGUUCGCUCAUCUCUCCGAGAACUUGGACGAGAUCCAUUUCGACGCGAACAUCCCCUGGGGCGAGGACACCCUUUUCACGUUGGAAUUCCGCGCUGAAGAAGGAGGCCGCUAUGCAAUUCACACUUGCAAUAACAAGUAUCUGUCCAGGGAAGGCAAGCUGGUACCAUCGGUCACGCCCAACUGCCUUUUCUCAGCCGAGUACCACACCGGCCAGCUGGCACUCAGGGACUCGGCCGGCAACUAUCUUUCGCCGAUCGGAUCCAAAGCUGUGCUCAAAACUCGCUCCCAGGGUGUCACCAAAGACGAGCUCUUCACAUUGGAAGAUUCCCUUCCUCAAGCAUCAUUCAUCGCAGCUCUCAACUCGAGAUAUGUUUCUGUCAAACAAGGUGUUGACGUGACUGCCAACCAAGAUGAAAUCUCGGAUCAUGAGACAUUCCAGCUCGAGUUCGACAGCAGCACCAAAAGAUGGUACUUAAGAACCAUGCAGGACAAAUACUGGACUCUCGAAACUGGCGGAGGUAUCCAGGCUUCUGGAGAUAAAAGGUCGUCCAAUGCAUUGUUUGAUUUGGUCUGGCAAGGGGACGGUUCUGUCUGCUUCCGUGCCAACAACGGAAAAUUCGUCGAUGCAAAACGUUCAGGGCAUCUGUACGCCAACUCGGACUCAGUUGAUGAGACCUGCAAAUAUUAUUUCUACCUAAUCAAUCGACCCAUUUUGGUGCUGAAAUGUGAACAAGGUUUUGUUGGAUACAAAGCAGGAUCUAAUAUUCGGCUCGAAUGUAAUAGAGCUACCUAUGAAACUAUCCAGGUGGAAAGGGGAGAGAAAGGAGUCGUCUUUUUCAAAGGGACUCAAACUGGCAAAUAUUGGCAUGUUGAUGGUGAAGGAGGUGUCAAUGUUGAUUCAGACACUCCUGAGGGAUUCUUCUUGGAAUUGCGUGAGCCGACCAGGAUUUGCUUGAAAGUCGCUGCCCCCGGAGGAGGAUAUUUGAGUGCUGGUAAAAACGGCGCAUUCCGAUUGGGCGAUCACGACUAUGCCAACGCAACCAAAUGGGAAUACUAAAAGACUAACAGCUCUUAUUUUGUAAUUUAUUAUAUUAUGUCAUGCUCUCCUGCUUAUGACAUUCUAGCGAUUUAGGCACCCGUAUUUGGGCUGCACACAUUAUUUAUUACAAUAAAUUGGCUUUUAUUAAUUUAUUUCAACACAUUGGUCGUGGCCUUUUUCCAAUCAUAAUAAUGGUCGAUGUUGAAUUAUUUUAUCUCUAAUACCUAAUUUAAUAAUGUGUCCAAAGAGCUAGGUAAUUAGUACUAAAAAUAAACAAAAAAUUAUUGUAUUAAAAAUAGGUUCUUAAAAACUUUUAAUAGGCGUUUGUAGUGAGACUGAACAACAAAACUGCAUUUUUUAUGGGAAUUUUUUUACUUGAAAGAAUUUUUAUCUAAUGUGAAUUAAAUACCAUCAAAAAACAGUAUUUUGUAUGUCAUUUUUAAUUACCGUUUUUAUACAUUUAUAACAUGUUUGUAUGUGGAAUUACAAAUUAAAAAAUUUUUUACACUUUAAUUAAAGCACUUCUGAAAAAAUGAGAGUUACAAACUGCCAAACUUUAUGCAUAAGUUGCCAAAUUCUAUAAUCAAAAUAGUAUUUUGGAUUGCUUGGACUGCAGGAAUUUAAUUUGCACAUUACUGGUAGGAUAUUGUGUAACUAUCAGAAUUUAAAGACAUAAGUACUUAUGUUCUCAUAACUAUGUAAAAUGUGUGAAUACAUGUGUGCGUGUGUCUAAACACAAAUAUCUAAAACGCACUUGUAAGCAUAAUGUAUAAUGUAAAUCAAUGGAAACAAAAUUGACUUAUGCUCAUAAUAUUAUGGUAUAGUGAUAUUAUUAAUGUAUUAGUGCAUCUUCUUUUUUUUUAUUUUAAUUUUUUUUACAAUGUAUUAAUUUGCUUUCAUUUAGUGUUUUAUUACUGAACUUAUUACAAGAACCAGAAGUUGCAUUUAUAUCUCGUGAUAACCGUAUGCUAAUGAGUUAAAAUUUGAUUGGUUAAAUUGGCAUAUUGGUUCCAAACUAAUGCUCAUAUUUCUACGGCCCUGAGUAUAAUUUUUAAAUAAAUAGUCUCAAGAAAAGAAUGAUAAUUAUAUGUGGUGUAUAUAUUAUUAUGUGUAUGUUUUUAAUUGAAAAAAUAUCACAUUUUAAAUUAAUAGAAAUAAACUUAAUUUCUUUUUGUAACAUUAUAUUAUGUUAUUGCAAUAAUUAUUUAUGUUUAAAUAUUUUAUUUGGAGUAUAAGAAGAGAUAUUUAUAUUAAUAUUAAGCACACUUUAGAAAUGUGGAUUUGUUAGACAAACCACUAAUAAUUUUAUUGUUAUGCAUUUUCAACUCUAAUUAAUUAAUAGAUUUGUAAAGGAAAAACAUGUGUGAUUUGUAUGAUGGACAUCUGUCUCUUUUUUGUAUAUUAUAAGAUCAAUAAAAACCGGACAUAAAUUCA